AUGGCCACCAUCAGUUCGGCAAUCAAGCUUCCCAGCGGCUACGAGAUUCCUCGUCUAGGAUUUGGAGUUUACAAAACUCCACCAGAAGAGACAGAGCGAUGCUGCCUCCAAGCUCUCAAAGCCGGUUAUCGCCAUAUCGACUCGGCAGCGAUGUAUCGUAAUGAGGCCGGAUGUGCCAAUGCAAUCCGUGAAUCUGGGAUUCCGCGCGAUCAAGUUUUCUUCACCAGCAAGGCGUUUAACAUCAGUUAUGACGAGGUGAAAGCGCAGAUUGAGAAGAGCCUUGCCGCUACGGAUUUUUCGUACAUAGAUCUGUACCUGCUCCAUUGCCCGUUCGGAGGAUCUGAUAACCGUAAGGGUGCAUGGAAAGCCCUUGUUGAAGCUGUCGAGGCUGGUCAAAUCCGCUCAAUUGGAGUCAGUAACUAUGGGGUGCACCACUUAGAUGAAUUAGAGCGACACAUCAGUGAGCUUGAAGCCGAGCGUGGUGGCAAGGGUAAGGGUGGUAUCCUGAGUGUCAAUCAAGUUGAAAUUCAUCCGUGGCUGGCACGCAAAGAUAUUGUCCAUUGGUGCAAAAUGCGUGGUGUUGCAGUUGAGGCUUAUGCCCCUGUUGUGCGCGGCCAGCGCUUCGAAGAGCCUAUGGUCAAAAAGCUAGCGGAGAAGUAUGGGAAAACUGAAGCUCAGGUGCUUAUCCGUUGGAGUUUGGAUAAAGGACAUAUUCCGCUACCUAAGAGUGUCACACCUUCUCGCAUUGAUGCUAAUGCGGAUGUGUUCGACUUCUCACUUACGCCAGAGGAGGUUCAGGAGCUCGAGACUGAUCAGUAUAGCCCAUGUGCUUGGGACCCGACUACAUCCAAGCUGGAAGAUUCAUCUUAA